GAGCAAAUGCGUCUUGAUUAUACGAUUUCGAUCGGAUCAGAGUACGAUGAAUUCUAUUCAGGAAAUACAAAUCGACGAUGGGCAAAUAAUUUUUAGAAAGGUCCUCUUCCAGCAAAUUAUUAUUUUUAAAAGGGAAAAGUUGUGGUGCUCGUCUCUGACGAAGAGAUUCGGAAUAUCUUCACCGAAGUUAUCGGAAUGAGGAGCUCGAAGGUUGAGUCGACGGCUAGAGAAGCACCGCAGAUCUAUCGGGUGGAGGAUUACCGAGGAUGCGAGAAUUCCGGCGUGAUGUGCGUCGGGGUCGAGGACACAUGGAUGGUGGAAGGGAUCUCCCGAGCCAUCCAGACCCUCUUCAUUGUGGACGGGGGAACUUCUGCUGCAGCACAAAGUCGUAUGGGCCUCUGGAUGGAGAUGGAAAGAAGAGGGAAACUCCUUCAUCGCCCUUUAACGUCUUCCGAUGUCCUUGAAUCCCUCUCCGAUGACGACUGGAGGGCAUUGAAUGAAAAAAGCCUCUUUCUUAAGAUCCCUAAGGAUACGGCGACGGAUGACGAUGCAAGGAGAGAGACUUCUUCUCUAGAAGGGGCAACAAGGAUUUUCGUCAUGGGGAGUUCAGACGGAGGAGUGGGGAUAUGGGAAGUUCCUGAGAACACGAGAUGGGUCCAGCAAGGGUUUUCCAUAGUAGACAUUUUCCUCGCCCAAUCCUUUAUGCUGAUCCACGGGUCAGAAGGGGAAGUCCGGAUUCUUCAUCUGGAAGGAAAGGAUCCCCGUGAGGCCCCUCACGGAUGGGACCACAAAAUCUGCAUUCCCCCUACCUUUAGCGCGGAAGGGACGACAGGGGUGGGGAUCCGGGAAUCUCUUUUUCUCUUGGGAGGGAAGAGAAAUCUGUGUGAAGGACGCAGCCUCGAUCUCCACAGCGAAAAAUGGAUGAAUCUCCCUCUGAUGACCCAGGGGAGAACGAACGCAACUUCGGUGAUGUGGAACCCCGACACCAUCCUCGUCAUGGGGGGGGCUGACCCCGAGAAGGAAAUGUGUCUCUCCUGCUGCGAAUUUUUGGACCUGAGAAUCGGGCAGUGGUCCCCAUUUCAUCUAAACAUGCCCCUUCCCGUGAACAGUCACGCAGCGACCCUCUACAACGAUCAUAUUUACAUCUCGGGGGGAUUCAGAGCUGGGGAAUCUCUGGGGGAGGUGCGGAGAUGCAGGGCGAAUGGGCAAGGGCCCUGGGACCCCCUUCCCUCUUUACGAUUCAAAAGACAUUUACAUGGGAUGAUGGGAUUUGGCACGGCGGGACUCCAAGUCAUCGGCGGGAUAUAUCAAAAGGAAUCAGAGCUUACGUCUGUCCUUUCGACGGAGACGCUGACCUUGGAUGGAAUGCGAGGAUGGGAGAUCCAACUGGAACUUCCCUUUAAACGUGUUUGGAAGGCUCGUUCGAUGAAGGUGGUGGGUUGA